AUGUACGUCUGGUUAUCUGUUGGUAUGUACGUCUGGUUAUCUGUUGGUAUGUACGUCUGGUUAUCUGUUGGCGGGCUGACAGCUGUCAUCUACACAGAUACACUACAAGCUGUUAUUUUACUUAUUGGAGCCACCAUCUUAGCCAUUAUUGUGCUGGUGGAUGUGGGUGGUUGGUACCAGUUUAUGGCCAAAUACGCUCACGCGGCGUCCAACCUGACGCUGAGUAGCCCAGGGAAUUACACGUGCGGACUGCCCAGACAGGACUACAAGCACAUCUGGAGAAACGCUGUGACAGGUGAUAUCCCGUGGACGGGGGCGGUCUUUGGACUGACUGUCAACGGUCUCAGGAACUGGUGCAUGGAUCAGAUCAUGGUCCAGCGUUGUCUGUCAGCUAAGAACAUCAGCCACAGUAAAGGGGGUUGUAUGUUUGCUGCAGUCCUCAAACUGUCACCUUUCUUCCUGUGGAUCAUACCUGGGAUGAUCAGCAGAAUAUAUUUUCCAGACGAGGUAGCCUGUUCCGACCCAGCGACCUGUAAAGCUGUCUGUGGGAAUGAAGCCGGAUGUUCCAACAUUGCUUAUCCCCUCUUGGUCCUCAGGAAAAUGCCCACAGGACUGAAGGGCAUCAUGCUUGCUGCCCUGCUGUCUGCCCUCAUGAGUUCGCUGACCUCCAUCUUCAACUCGGCCAGUUCCAUGUUCACAAUGGACAUCUGGACACGGUACAGGAGGAGAGCGUCACAGAAAGAGUUGAUGGUCGUUGGUCGAGUCUGUGUUCUGGUCCUGAUAGCGUUCAGUAUUGUGUGGAUUCCCGUCAUCCAGAGUGCUCAAGGAGGACAACUCUGGACAUAUUUACAAACCAUGGCUUCUUGUGUUUCUCCCCCUUUCUGCUGGGUGUUUUUGUUAGCCUUGUUUUGGAAGGGAACAACAGAACAAGGUGCCUUCUGGGGCCUGGUCAUCAGCACGUGCGUGGGUCUUGUCAGGAUGGUCUUGGAGUUCGUCUACCCGGCGCCCCUGUGUGGAAGUUUCGAGCCAGAUACCAGACCCCUGGUGCUGAGGAAAGUCCAUUUUUUUCACUUCGCCAUCAUCUUGUCCGGUGUCUCUAUUAUAAGCAUCGUGGGGAUCUCGCUAAUGACGAAGCCCAGACCGCCUGAAAAACUUCACCGUGUGACGUGGUGGACACGUAACGACACGACAGACCCGGAGGAUUCAGAAUCUGAAGUCGAAUCUGAAGCGGAAAAUGAAGAAAAGUCUCAGUCUAACACUAUAGAAACGUUAAACGAAUUAGCCGAGCCCAAGAGACGAAGCUUGAGGGUUUAUUUUUAUAACUGGAUCUGUGGCAUAGACGACACGCCCAAACCCAAGCUAACGGUGGAGGAGAAACUGAUCAUCAAGAAAAAAAUGAAAGACAUCGGCGAGGACCCUAGUUCGAGAAAGAUAACCGCGUUUGUUGCUGUUUUCGUAGCUGCCAUUACUACAUUUUUACUCGGAUUUUUCAACUAAAUAACGCAAAGACACUAUUUAUCAUGUUGAUAAAAAGUUUCGGUAAAACACUCGAGACAUUUAUGAUUGUUAUAAAUAUUUUGGUUUAUUUCUUUUGCCAUGUCCGUAACAUGAGAUAUUUAGAAUGACUCUCGGUUCAGAAAUGUUAAUAAUAGAAAUGUCUUUAUGUAUUGUAUUAUGUUUUAAAUUGUAUAUCUUACAUGUCUGUUCAUUGUUGGAUUUUUCUUUACUAAUUACUUAUUUUAAUUAAUGAUAUGUAUUGUAAAUAUGCUGAUAUAUAGUAUUUAACAAAUUAAAGCACAAAA